GUUGUAUCUGAAGAUGUAGGAGAUGAAGAAGAAAGAGAAGAGGAAGAAGACAAUGGAGAUGGAAGCAGUGAUUCACAAAAUCUGGAUCAGAUGAAUGAAGAACUUCUCGAAGAAUCAAAUCUGGUAAAUGUUAAAAUCAGUUGCACCCAUUUCUUCUCACUGAAGAAGAAUCGUGGCUACUUCUGCUGUAUCUGUGGCAUAGCUUGGGAAGACAUCGGAUCUAAAACCAAUGUCCAAUCCAACAUGGCAUGUCCAUCUGAGCCGGGAAGCUCGAGAGGCGCGACCAGGGUUGCAGACGUUCCUGAACAUGGCUCUUCAGGAGCUGGAACUUGGGUUCACCCGACACUGCUUCACUACGUGAAGCCUUGGCACGUCCGAGGACUGGACUUUCUUUACAGAAACUUGGUCGUAGAGGGACCAGGAGGCUGCGUAAUGGCUCAAGCAUCGUUUUACGAGAAGACCUUCAUGCUGAUAUGUUUCAUCUAUGGCUUUCUUUCAAAGUUCCCGGAGGCGAAACCCCUCCUGGUGCUUCCUAAAUCAGUGGUUAGGAUGUGGAAGAUGGAGUUUCAUGUGUGGAAGCCUGAUGCAACCACCCAGCUGCUCGACUUCUACUCGGAAAAUUCAGUCGGUCGAACUCAACACUUGGAGAUCCUGAAGAGAUGGGUGUCGGAAAAAAGCAUUCUUUUCUUGGGACACGGGCAAUUCUCGAGGAUGGUAACAGGAGGUGGAAGAAACGCCAGAGAUUCAGGGCUCUGCAGGGACAUACUCCUGAGUCAACCGUGGGUCAUCGUUCUGGACAAAGGCUACAACUCAAAGAUGAGGGAGAUGAGAAGCGUCAUGAAUGCGUUCACUCGAGUUAAGACGCCAUUAAAGGUCAUACUCACUGGAAGCAUUUACCAAAAUCAUCUGAAGGAUGUUUUCGUCGACCUGAAUGCUGUAAAACCAGAUUUCUUGGAAAGGAACGAGUCAACUCGUAUGAUCAAACGGAAGCUGGGUCAGGAGAUGAAGGCAUCGGCAGCUGGGUCAAGAGCAAAGACACCUCAGUUAGAUGCAAUAGAUGAGACCUUGAAGAAGGAGGAAGGUCGAACCACUUGGGUCGGUGCUGUAAAAGAGAUGAGAGUAUUGACAGAUGGGCUUGUGUAUUAUCACGCAGAAGAUUUUCCUACUGAUAUCCUUCCAGAGAUGGAGGAUUUCAUAGUGGUCCUCCGUCCGGAUCCGGUACAGAUCAGAGAGAUAAAAGCUGCAGAAAACCGCCAUGAGAAUAGCUCGAAGAAGUCUUCUGUCGUGAGCGCCAUAACGCUUCAUCCUGUCUUGUCCGCUUUCUCACAGAUGCAUGCCAGCGAGGAAGAGAUCGACAGAGUCCUUGAGAACAUCGACACAAGAAUCGGUGUGAAGACAAGAUUCUUCAUAGAUCUUAUCAACUUCUGCGAAUCCAAGAAGGAGAAGCUCCUCGUGCUGGGUCAAUACCUAACGCCAUUAAAGUUCCUUCAGAGGCUUGCCCUUAAGACCAAACACUGGGAAGAAGGCAGAGAGACAGUCAUGCUCAAAGGAAACAUGAAUCAUGGGGAGAGAGAGAACUCCAUCCACAAGUUCAACUACUCGGCUGCUGCCAAAAUCUGUUUCGGUUCGAUCAAAGCCUGUGACGAGGAGACAUCGCUCGUGGCCGCGUCGCGGAUCCUGAUCCUCGACGUGCAGAACGAGAAUCCGUGCUUGGAUCGAGAAGCCAUAGAGAUGGUGCACCGGAAAGGGCAGGGGAGGAAGGUGUACGUGUACAGGCUGCUGACGACAUGUUCGUCUGAGUUGGAAGAGCUUAAGCUGUCCACCCGAAGAGAUUCCAUAACGAAGAUAUGGUUCGAGGGGAAAGACAACUGCAUCGACAGAGGAGGAUAUCUUCGUUUGGAGUAUGAGUCUCCUGAGGAAUCAUCUGAUGGUUUCCUCAGUGGGUUGACGCUGAUGAAAGACAUUGUAGCCAUUUUCAAAAGGGUCUCUGGCUGUGGUUCUUGCUUGGGUAGCUCUGGUCGGCGAUCAGCCAUGGCGGGGCUUGCCGAACAUUCUUCAUCUUCAGCUGCUAGGACGAUGAGAACAACUUCGUCUUUGGUAUUACAUGGAAAGAGAAGGCCCAAGAAUGUGAUCUGUGCAACUCCCUCGGAGCUCGCCAAGCGGCCUGACCCCUUUUUUUCCCCCUACCCACCUGAUGGAUUUGAAGAUAAAUAUGGUCGCUUCGCAAACGAUAUAAGAGAAAUCAUUGAACUAAAGAGGAAGAUCAACGGUGACGCGUUUUCAUUUCUGCUUAGUUAUGGGAAGAACAAGAGUACAAUAGAGGAGAAUAUGGCGAAGGAACCUCCUAUUACUAUCUUUGACUCGGACGAUGAGUUGUCUGAAAUAGUGGCCAGUGUUUCAGAUUCUGCUACUAAUCGAAAUGCUAAAGUUGUAGACAGAGGUAACAGAGUUAAGCUUGAGUUUGGCGAUGAUUUGAUUUUUCUUGGAGAACUUCAUUACAAUGAGGCCAAGUCAUCGCAGAAUCGUGGCCUUGAACAGUCGGAGGUCGAUGAAGAGGUGAUUCUUGUUGAUGAAAACGACUCUGAAGACAGUGAAAGGGACAGAAAUUGUUCAGAUGAAAUUGAGAGCCCUCAAAAUGAUGAAGAGGACGAUGAUGAUGCAGACUCGGAUAGCGACGAUGGAAAUCCUCAGGUCGGAGAUGGCUUAGAUCACAUCUGGUCACAAAUGGCAUUUGAACUUGAAUCUUCAAAGCCUGCCGUGGAGAAUCCUUGGGGUAAACCUCGAGAAGAGGAAAAAGUGGAAGACUGUGAACAUUCCUUCAUCUACAAGGAAGAUAUUGGUGAGGUGUGUCGUGUCUGUGGACUCGUUAGGAUCCCUGUAGAGAGCAUCAUCGAGGUCAUGUUCAACAAGCCAAAGAGAUCGAGAACUUAUGUGCAUGAUCCGAAGAACUUCAAGAAUGGAGAAACAACCGACCCAUUGAGCUCACGGUCAUCUCGAGAGGACUCAUUAGCAACGGUACUCUCGGUUCACCCAAUGCACCAGAAGCAGAUGAGGCCUCACCAAAUUCACGGGUUCAAUUUCCUCUGUGACAAUCUGGUUAGCGAUUCCCCGGGAGGGUGCAUCUUGGCUCACACCCCUGGCUCGGGCAAAACAUUUUUGCUCAUCAGUUUUAUCCAGAGCUUCAUGGCCAUGCAUCCUCAUGCAAAACCUUUGAUCGUCCUGCCGAAAGGGGUCAUAGAGACGUGGAAGAAGGAGUUCAUCCGGUGGGCGGUCGAGACUUUCCCUCUUCUCGAUUUUUACAGCGAGAAAGCAGAUUCACGAGCCCAGCAGCUUAUUGUGUUGCGAAAAUGGAUCAAGCAGAGGAGUAUUCUGUUUCUCGGGUAUCAGCAGUUCUCUUCGAUCAUCUGUGACUUCAAGAACAACGAUGCUUCAGAAGAGUGCCAGAGGAUACUGCUUAAAGAGCCGACGUUGCUUAUAUUAGACGAGGGUCACACCUCGAGAAACGAUGAGACAGACGUCCUUAACUCUCUUGACCGUGUGGAGACACCUCGUAAGGUUGUCCUGACGGGGACUUUGUUCCAGAAUCAUGUCAAAGAAGUGUUCAACAUCUUGAAUCUUGUCCGUCCCAAGUUUCUGAGGCUUCCUGAAUCUCAGGUAUUCGUUAGACGUAUCAUGAGCAAGAUCGAGCCGCUGAGUGGGAAGAGAAAUUCGCCAUCUUUCUGUGCAGGAGUGGAAGAAACGCUGAAGAACAGAAACAAAUCUUCUGCCAAAGCCAGCGUGAUAAAGGAUCUAAGGGAGAUGACUCGUUCGGUUUUACAUUAUCACAAAGCGGAUUUCAGUGAUGAGCUUCCGGGGCUUAUUGAUUUCACAGUGAUGCUCAAUCUGAGUGCGAAGCAGAGAGAUGAAGUCAAGAAGCUGGAGAAGGAACACAACUUCAAGCAGAUGUCUGCUGGCGCUGCUCUUUAUAUUCACCCGAAGCUGAAAGCUUUCUCGGACCGAUACUUGUCUCAUGGAGGAGACAGAGCCUGGGGAUUUGACAAUGACAAAAUCGACGAGAUGUUGCAGAACAUCGACGUGCAAGAAGGUGUGAAACUGAAGUUCUUCCUCAACAUUCUGAAUCUCUGCGAAACAAGAUCCGAGAAACUAUUGGUGUUCAGCCAGUUCGUUUUCCCGCUGAAAACUCUCGAGAGAUUACUGAGAGAAACAAAGGGUUGGCACCUCGGCAAGGAAAUGUUUACGUUAACGGGCGAAUCAAGCAACGAACAAAGACAAUGGUCAAUAGAAAGAUUCAACACAUCAGGGGAGGCGAAAGUCUUCUUUGGAUCGAUCAAAGCGUGUGGAGAAGGCGUUUCUCUCGUGGGCGCGUCUCGUGUGCUGAUUCUCGAUGUUCAUCUAAACCCAUCAGUCACGCAGCAGGCGGGGGCGGGAGCCUAUAGACCUGGUCAGAAGAAGAAGGUAUAUGCGUACAGGCUUGUUGCGGCAGAUUCAGCAGAGGAAGGGGACUACAAGAGAUGUUCGGAGAAAGAGUUCAUCUCGAAAAUGUGGUUCGAAUGGAACGUGGGAUGGGGACAUGGAGAUUUCGAGUUCAGAGCCGUGGAAGUGGAUAACUGCGAUGAUGAUUUCUUGGAGACUCCCAGGUUGAGGGAAGACAUCAAAGCUUUGUACAUAAGGUGAAUUCGGCUAUAAAUGUGAAUGGAAAUCUCUGUGGACGUUUUUUGGACCGAUUCAGAGUACUUUUGAAUGUAAAUUUAAUAUAAACUUUUUGCCCCAGUUUCUCAAUAGUGUAUAUGUUGAACCAUAGACCUUAUUUUGAUGCAAUUUCC